AUGGAGCGGCAUCGUGCUUACCGAGAUGGAGACGCGACUCAGCACGCGCGAGUCAAGCUGCGAGAGUCGAUAAUCAGAGAAAUAUUCGCGGCAUACCUCAGCCAGCCUGGUGAGAGUCUUGGUGUGGAAGGGCGCGAGGUCAAUCGCAGGUGGAGCGGCCUUUGCGAGUUCGAGUUACACACAUGUAGCGGUCAGCGCUUGCCAGCAGCACGAGCCGUGCCAUCGCAGCAGACGACUCAUCGUCGCCAUCGCCACUGCCAUCCCCAUCGCCAUGGCUGGCUGCGGCCUGUGGUGACAUGUGUGGUGGUGUUUCGGGGCGCGGGGCUCUCCGUCGCUGCUAAAGCUCUGCCACCAGCGAAGGACGCAGGCCGAGGCGGCUUGGAGAGGAGACAGGCCUGCAGCAGUGUGGAGAUGAAGUCAACUCCAUCCUACGAUCGGCCUUUUGCUCAACGGAGCGGGCAGGGGCUCUGCUUUGAGCAUUGCCCCUGUGUCGUCAAGGCGGAAGACAAGAGAAGACGGGUAGAGAGUAUCGCGCAGCUGGCGCAAGCAAGAAGAGCAGCGUCGUGUCGGCCAUGUCGUGCGGCGCGGGGAGAUGGUGGGGGAAAAGCUAGCGCCGAAGCUCUGCAGCAGACGACCCUCAGCACCGCCAACAUCGCUCUCACCACAUGCGAGUGCUCGAACCGAGAUGCACGAGACUGUCGGCAGGGCCAAAUAAUCUCCUCGAGCCGGCACGAUGUGCAGCCGAUGCCCAGCGAUGGCGUUGAGAUGAGCGCACGGCAGGGAAGCAGCAAGGCGGGGCAUUUCACGAGCGGCGUCAACACGAACACAACACCACCACCGAGCAGCGUGAGCUUCGCAGGCGCCUCGAGGGCACCUAUCUACGACAAGGCUGGAGCGAUCAUCAAGUCCCUCAUCGCAGUGCAUCGCGACACGCUCACAUGCAGCUCCCGCACGCGCGUGCAUGAGGCGCGAAACGCGAAAACACGUGCUGCAAGGGCCACGGUGAGGGCCUCAGCGAGACAAAGAAGAUUUGUGCCAGGUAGCUAG